GCCAACCGUCCCUAUAAACCCUGUCACAUGUAAUGGGGGACUCCCUAGAUGGAUUCAGGUUGCAUGAGAUCAAACUAAAAACGCGCCGUCACCAUUGCCCAUCAAAUUCUCUUCGCUCCGCAGUCAACAGGGUCUGUUUAUCAGCUUGCUCCGACAGAUGUAUGGGCGACCAGAUGAGAUAACGGUGCUACGAUAGGCAAUAUAACUACAAGCGAUACUCAGCAGACAGUUUAGUUGUAGAUUGUUAGUGAGACUGGUUGGUUGUUUAAAAAAAAUCAUUCGCACUUGUGUUGUCGCGGUUUGCUACCUUGAACUGGAUGUAACCAACUAAUUUUUGUUUCCGGUCAAUUAACACAAUGGAAGUUUUGGACGCCAUCAUCACCGUGGUGAUGCUAUGCGUUGCCAUUUAUCUGUACGUCGACAGAAAGUACUCGUACUGGGCUGAUCGUAAAGUGCCGUUCCUGAAACCGCACAUUUUGUACGGCAAUGGUAAGACCAUCGGGGCAACAGAAACGUUCGCUAAGCUUUUCCAGCGACUCUACAAUCAGUUGAAAGGGAUGGCUCCAUUCGGUGGGGCUUAUCUGUUUACGACACCGAUCGCUGUGGUAACGGAUUUGGACCUACUGCAAUGUAUUUUCGUGAAAGAUUUUCAAAACUUUCACGAUCGCGGGACGUACUAUAAUGAAAAAUACGAUCCCCUAUCGGCGCACAUGUUCAACGUGAGCGGUAACAAGUGGAAAACACUCAGGCAUAAAUUAUCGCCGACGUUUACUUCCGGAAAAAUGAAGAUGAUGUUUCCCACAAUCGUGGCAGCCGGAAAGCAGUUCAAUGAUUUUCUGGAAACUAUGGUCAGCCAGGAAAGUGAAUUCGAACUCAAGGAUCUACUGGCGCGGUAUACGACAGACGUUAUCGGAAUGUGCGCCUUUGGAAUCGAAUGCAAUUCUAUGCAGGAUCCCAAUGCUCAGUUUCGAGUGAUGGGAAGGAAACUUUUCCGAUCGAGAGGAAAAGUUAAGGGUUUUUUGGUGACAGCUACUCCAGCGUUUGCGAAGAAGAUAGGUGUUUCUACCACUCCUCCAGAUGUGUCCGAGUUUUUCCUAAAAGUAGUUCGGGAAACAAUCGAUUACCGCGUGAAGAACAACGUUCAGCGAAAUGAUUUUAUGGAUUUGCUAAACAAGAUGAAAUCAGUCGAUGAGAACAAAAGUGAGGAUGGUUUGCUUUCGUUCAAUGAGAUCGCAGCGCAGGCGUUCGUGUUCUACAUUGCCGGAUUCGAAACCAGUUCAACCCUGCUUACUUGGACGCUAUACGAGCUAGCACUGAAUCAAGACAUACAGGAGAAGGGUCGACAUCACGUUGCAGAGAUUUUAAGUAAACAUAACGGAGAGAUGACAUACGAGUCACUCAUGGAUAUGAAGUACCUGGAUCAAAUUUUGAACGAAUCUCUGCGAAAGUAUCCACCCGUUCCUGUUCAUUUCCGCGUUGCGGCUAAGGAUUACCAGGUACCGGAUUCGAAAUUAAUCAUCGAAGCCGGAACACGCAUUUUCGUCCCGGUCUACGGAAUACACCAUGACCCCGAGGUGUUUCCCGAUCCGGAACGAUUCGAUCCGGAAAGGUUCAACGGGAGCGACGAUCAGAAGCGGCACCCGUACGCUUGGACACCGUUCGGAGAGGGACCCCGAAUCUGUGUUGGGCUUCGGUUCGGAAUGAUGCAAGCGCGGAUCGGUUUGGCGUAUCUGUUGAAAAACUUCAAAUUUUCAAUUGGAGAAAAGUGUAGUGUUCCGUUGGAAUUUGAUGUGAAAAGUUUCGUGCUUGCUCCAAAGGGAGGUUUGUGGUUGAAAGUGGAAAAAAUCUGAGACUGUUGUAAAUAAUUCAUCUUAUUUAUUAUUAAGUACGUAAAUAAAGUUCCUAUUAAAACUGU